AUGGACACCGUGCCUCCCUCCUACGAAUCUGCAACGACCAGAGAUGCAUGGUCUAUUAUUGCUCAUUAUAUACCAUCUAGCGACCUCUGUUCUGUGACGCUAGUCUGUCGAAGAUGGCACGAACUCUUCAUGCCAUUUCUCUGGGGUGACCCUGCGUCUCACUUCGGAACUGACAAUGAUGCCGUUUAUGUGGCAUUGACAAGGUUCCGAAGGACCCUGAGAUAUGCUCGGCUCGAAGUGCGGAUGCUGACCCAUACACUCCAUCUACCUCCAGCUCUCUCUGAGAUCUAUGGCGGCCCCCGACCAGAGUGGCUGAAGGAGAUUCUCGAAUACUUGCCCAAUCUCCAGUCACUGAUGGUCUCUCAACUACCAUUUUUCGACCACAAUGCCAUGAUGGCUUUGAAGAGACCAGCCAAGAACGAAUCGCCCGAUGUGGCAGCUUCCAGAACAUGCACUGUUCGUCUGUUACUGGCAGAGAGAGAACCUAAUACGACUUCUCAAGGUCUUGCGGAAACUCUGCUAAGAUUUCAGGAACUCGUUUACUUGGAUCUGUCAUAUACAAACGCUGCUCGGGACCGUAUAGUGCUUGCUUCUUUGUCUCAACUGGAGCGACUUCAAGUGUUAAAACUCAGAGGCAUUGGGCUGAAAGAUAGUGAGGCGGAAUUUCUAGCCAAUGCGAUUGGGACAAGAGUCCGUCUUUUGGAUCUUCGUAACAAUCUGCUUACCGACAUGGCUGUGAGAUCCUUGUUGCAGGCUUCGUUUCUUCCUCCAGCAUCCUCACCGAGUCACCAUGAGUCGAGAGGAACAUUCAGGUACCACGACAGAUUACUUAAAAGCGCGACUUUGGACGACAACUUCGUUAAAGCAUUGACGCAGCCCUUAACAGGUCGUUCUUGGGUUGAUGACCUUGCACAUACCGGCAUAACCCAUCUGUACAUAGCGGAUAAUCAACUUACCGUUGAAGGUGUUGCGAGUCUCCUAGCAUCAGCGAGGCUGCAUGUCCUUGAUGUUGGCACUGUUGACACAGCUGGGUCCAUUGGAAGAACACAACUUUCAACUAUCCCCUCGCCUAUUGAGAAAUCGCCCUCGAGACUGCCCGGCGCUGAAAAAUUGACUCCAAUUCUUGGAUCUAUCGCUAAAGAGAAUAUCACAUACCUUCGAGCUCACCAUGCAUUGUGCACAGCCGCCGCACCACUAAAAGAUCCCCUUUCACUAAAUGAUUUAUUGCCAGAGCUCCCAGACCAAGUUAACAUCGAUGCACCCCGUGCGGCGGAAUUGGAUGCGGCUCACGAGAUACAUGAGUUAGCUGCCGACGUCAACACUGUUUUUGAGCUUGAUGAUACUGGAAUUUCCCGUCCUUUGAGCUCUUCUGACAGACCCCCAAGCCUAAGCGCUCACCAAGAUGAAUCUUUGCCCCAGAUCAGGAGGGGGUCCGUCUUUGCGCCAGAGGUGGUCGAGCCUAAUCAGGAGCCAAGAGAAGGAAGAGAAGGUAGCAUAUCAGUGGCCUCCUAUGGAAAUAGUACUUCCGGAUUUGGCGAGGUUUCCAAUGACCAUUUGGAGGCGCUUGAGCCAAUAACAAGAUCCAUUUCUCCCGUUCCAGUCGAUGACCCUCGGGCCCAAAAAAUCCAAGAGCUACUUGCCAAACGACCAAUGCAUCAGAGCCUUCCUCGACGCGAUGGUAAAGAAGGAAGCUUCCCAUACCUGCAUCCCUUUCACGUCCCUCACCUCGAAACCUUGAUUUUGACCGAUGUCCCAUCCCACGUGCCUAAAGGUUCACCAAUUCUGGAAGCCCUAAUCCGUUUCAUCACCGCCUGUUCGAACGAAGCAUUGUUAGCGACGCUUCAAGCAGGAUCGGAUUACUCCCUGCCCCCUGGACAAGCACGCGCGCAGGCUGAGCAGGAGAAAUCUCGGUCUCUGUUUGCUCUCCGCCGCUUAGUACUCGAGGUCACGCCUACGUCCAAUCUCCAAGGUCCAGCCCGGCUCGGUCCGUGGAAAUCCAUCAAUCAACAGAAUGGGACUUCGAAAUCCAGUACUGGAGACCGCGAUUCCGAGAAUCUGUGGUCAGCAGCUACCGGUGACUUCAGUUUCUUCGGCGAAGAUGAAUGUGGAAUCCCGGAUAAUGACCCGGGGAAGUACUUUCCCAUGGCAGUCCUUAAUGAAAAGGUGACGUUGAUACCUGAGGAAGAUGCAUCCCUCUCGCCAACGAGCCUAGAUCACCCAACGGUAUCUGGCCUUCAGGGAAUACAGCCUCGGGAUACUUCAUUCAGUUCAUCAUUAGGCUCUAUAGAUACAACCCCUCGAUCACGUUCCAACACAAUGAACAAGAACGAUGGUGCCAAUCCGCCGGAUGCCAUUCUGUCAAGUAUCGACCUUGUUGCGGAAUUGGCCGCCUUCCGCCGCGCAAAGAAACUGGAAUACGAGGAGGUUGUUCGGACUACCCGGGAGAGACGAAGCAUGAAUCUAACAGCCUCUUCUCAUCUUUCUCCGUCGGUAAGAUCAUUUCGGUCUGUGUCUCCGAGCCCCAGCCUCAGGACCCUGGUGGCGGUACCCGCACCUCAGUUGUCAAUGGCGCAUUACGUCGAGGGGCACUGGAAGGGCGAAGUGAAGGUUGUCCGGAACGCAGCACCUAAGGGGCGGACUGGGGUUGUGGAUAUGUAUGGGAACUACUUUGAAAAGGGAUAUCUAUAUCCUUGA